CUGUUAUCCUCACAGCACAGGAGAGAUGGUCAAUGAAAAACAAACGGAUAAUCAUCACGAUUCCGAAAAAGAUCACAAGCUUAUUUAUCAGCACCAUCAUCACGUAGCAUUUAAUAUUAAUCCUCCUACUGAAGAUGAGAAGAAUAAUCAAGCCAAUUCCACUACAAUAGAUGAUCAUUCAUCAGAGAAUAAUUUAUUACCCAAGAUGUUAUUAUUGCAACACAAUCAUCAUCAUCUUCACCAUCACUUGGAAGAACACAUGAGCACUGAUGCUACUGAUGUUACCUCUACUGAUGAUUUCACAGAGAGUACUGUCAAUGGACAUUCUCAUGAUGAGAGUGCUCAAGAUGUUGCCAUGCACAGGAUUGAACAAGUUGCUGAACGUUUUGCAAAUGUCACAAAAAAGAAGAGUAAGAAGGCUCUUAAAUUACUGACAGAGAGUCCUUUCAAUAUUUUCAAAGAGAUUAUGGAUGAAGAGGAGGAACAAUCCUCUGGUGAGGAAGAUUUGGAAAAUAACAUACCAAAAACUGUUUCUCACUCGAGAACACAAUCCAUAGAAUCACUUCCAAAAGAAGAAAUAAUUGAGGAAAAUGGUGUAACAAUUAAUCAAACUAUUCCGAAUGCUGUUGGUGACAGCAAGGAACAAAACCCUGAAUCGAAGGCAUUGGAUGAAUCCACUCACUUGAAAAUACUUUUCUUUCAAAUUAUGUCUCCAAAGUAUCUUUAG